CGCGUGCGCACAGCCGUGGCGCGCCCCUGGCGGCCGUUGAAAAUGGCGACUGUCACCGAGCUGAAGGCUGUUUUAAAGGACACCUUGGAAAAAAGGGGAGUAUUAGGGCAUUUAAAAGCAAGGAUUCGAGCUGAAGUUUUCAAAGCCCUAGAUGAUGAAAGUGAACCACGACCACCAUUGUCUCAUGAAAACCUUCUCAUUAAUGAAUUAAUUCGGGAGUAUUUAGAGUUCAACAAAUAUAAGUAUACAGCGUCUGUCCUCAUAUCAGAAUCUGGUCAACCUGUAGUUCCAUUGGACAGACAAUUUCUCAUCCGUGAACUAAAUGCAUUUGAAGAAUCGAAGGAUAAUACAAUACCUCUUUUAUAUGGGAUUUUAGCUCAUUUCUUGCAUGGAACUAACGAUGGCAUCCAAAAUACAUUUCUGAAAGGAUCUUCACUUCAGCCUCCAAAGUCAAAUCUGGGUGGACAACCUAGUGGAAGAAAGCAAACGGAUAACCACGCAAGAAAGGAGAAGGGGAAAAAUACUAAUAUUAAAGAUCUUCCUAUUUCUCAAGCUGUGAAGAGAUGACAUUUCCAUUUGGGGCAUCUUUUAUCUUAAAAUUGUAUGUAUUACAUAACUUAUAUAUGUUCCCAAUGUUACCAAAAUGCAUCACCAAUAUUUGUACUUUGUAGAAAUACGAGUUUCUGAAAAACAUUUAGUCCCUCAUGUUUUACUGCAUUUGUGAAUAAAAGCUAACUCUUAUUUAGCUUAUUGGACUUGACUUGAAAGGAAAUACUGUUUGUAGUAAGUGUUUUAAAGAUCCUUAAACUUUUGAGAAAUGGAAGGCUUUUUAGUACCCUGUACAUUCUUUAAAAACAAAAAAAUCAGUUCUUCACAUCCAUAUGUUCUGCUCUUUAAUAUGGCACAGUAAUUUUCUUCAGGCUGGAAUUAGGUGGGUUUGUAGGAAAAUUCAUUCUUGUUUUAAAUAAUAUAAAAGAACACCGAAGCCAGAAAAAGAUAUAAUUUCUAUAAAGUUUGAUUUUUUUUUGAUUAGCUAUUUUUCAUAUAACCAUUUAUAAUUAGAUUUAAAUAUCUGAAUUACUAUCUGAAGUUGAACUUUUAAACUAGGUAACAAUGUACUUUUAACAAUGUACUUAAACCAUUUUGGCUCCUACUGGAAGAUUUAAUUAAACGGUAGAGGGGGGAACCACUUCUUUUAAUUUUGCUGUAAGUGAAACAAUGAGUUUAUUUUAUUACAUGAAGAAUGUGGAAUCAGCAUGAAGAGACAGGCUUUAGGAGAAAUACCAGAAAGUACCUUGUAAAAGAUGGCAUUGUUUAACUUCCAUGUGCCCUGCACUUGUGCAAGACGGGCUGUGAAAGGACCAAUCUCUACUUAUUUGGGCUCCAAAAGUCAUACUAAAUGGCAAUUUUUAUUCUUGGGAUGGACAAACAGUAAGAGCUCUUCUAGUGCUAUCUCUAAAAUGCUUCUUUGAUAUGUACUGAGACAUUUGUAUAAUGUGGCGUCUCUAAACUGAUUUCCCUGAAAACUGACUAUGACAGUGGACAGUGACUGACUAGCAAAAGCCGUGAGGUAUAUUCAGAACCAAACUGCAUGGGUGCCUGUACCAUGACAAUGAGCUCAAACGUUUUCCACAGGGAAAGUGAUAAGGGCUGUAAUUGGCAAAAUCACCGUUCACUUCAGGGUAUUGAUUCUGUGCUACUUUUGGAAAUUAUUGAAACUUUUGAUUUUGUCUCUGAUGCGAGUCAGUGUUUAGUCCAUACAGAUUAACCAAUAAUUUUUAUCUGAAUACAGAAAGUUAUUGAAGAAAUCCCUCUAAACCAUACUUUAUAAGUAAAAGGCUUUUGAGAGGCUAAAAGGACAUAUAUAGAGGCAGAAAUUUUUAUAAGGGCUCAUUUCCAGUUUUAAAAAAUGAAAUCUGUAGUAUCUGAUUAUAAUUAUGAAUUCUAUUGUAUAUGGGAAUAUAAAUAUCUAAAUUCUUCUGAGAGGACUUGGUUUAUAUCCAGAGAUGUUGGCAGUGGACGCUAAGUUUACCUCAGGAAUUGCAAUCAUGCAGAACUAGAUUAAGAAAAAAAUCCUGGAGUUUAGCACUUUGGACACUGACAUAAAAUCAUCAAACUAGAAGUGAAACAGAAUUGUCCCAUGUCCAGACAAUUUUGUGUGCAUUAUUCUGUAACUUGUUUGUACCUGGGCAACUUUUAUACCUUUGAUGUACACUCAAUAAAAAUACCCAAACAUUAAGCAAC